AUGGAGCUCAACAGCGGUGUCAAGGAGCUGAUGGAAGCUUACGGCGUCACCAGCACCGUCUACUGGCUCGGCAAUCUGCUUGUGGAGCUGGUCAAGCUGAUGCUCAUCGCCGUGUCCGUCACGCUGCUCUGGAGCUACACGGAGCUGUUCAAGGGCACCGCCACGGACGUUCAGCUGCUCCUCCUCGCGUUCUUCUUUGCCUCGUCGCUCGCUCUCUGCCUGCUGAUCGCGAGCUUCGCGACCAGGCCGGGCGUGGCCGCCUUGUCGGUGGUGGUGAUGACGCUGACGACGACGCUGCUCCCGGUGGUGUCCCUGGUUGGCUACUCGGUCGAGUACAUCGACAUGACGCGCAUGCUGCAGCUACUGAGCUGCCUCGUCCCGGACGUAGCCCUGACGUACGCCUUCACCAUUAUGCACAUCAACGAGGAGUUGGGAGGACACCUCAUCACGCUCGAAAACAUGAGGAACUUCGUGCUGCGCGACGUGUCGCUCUUCAAGAUGGCGCACGCCAUGAUGGCCACCUUGGGCGGCUGCCUCGUGCUCACCAUGUACGUCGACAGGGUCUGGCCCGGCGGAGACAGCUUCCCCGAGAGGCCGCUGUUCUUCGUCGACCCCGACUAUUGGGGCAUGAAGUACCAGCUGUUCAGCUCUACACCGAGCGUCCGCCGUAUGAGCGCCGAGAAGUUCACCACGGAACCAGUGCCACCGGAUUUGCAGCCUUUCGUGGUUCUCCACAAGCUGAGCAAAAACGUCAUCACGCUGUUGCGGUCGGUGCCGGUCCUGAAUAAGGUGAGCAUGAAGAUGUACGCCGAGCACGUCACCGUGCUCCUGGGCACCAAUGGCAGCGGCAAGUCGCUCAUCUUGAAGAUCGUGAGCGGUCUGUCGAGGCCCCAUGGGGGCACCGUGUGCGUGGGCAGUGGCUACGACGUGCGCAAGGACCUGUGGCACAUCCGCCACCUGCUGGGCUACUGCCCGCAGACCGAUGCGCUGCUGGACGAGCUGAGCAUCGAGGAGAACCUGUUCUUCUUCGCGCGCCUGCGCCGAAUGGGCAGGCGCAAGGCGGCGAGCGAGGCGCAGAUCUCGCUCUACGAGUUCCAGCUCUUCAACCGGCGCAAGGAGAGGGUGCGGCACCUCAAGUACAGCGACCGACGCCGCCUGCAGCUCGCCAUCGCCAUGGUCGGGUCGCCCGCGUACCUCCUGCUGGACGAACCGACGGUGGGCGUCGACUUGGAGACGAAGCACAGCUUGUGGGAGAUGAUCCUGAAGGCGCGGCAGCGAUGCGGCAUCUUGCUCGUCACAAACUCCAUCGAAGAGGCCGAACUACUCGGCGACCGCAUCGCCAUCAUCUCGCAGGGCGAUGUCGCCUGCUGCGGCUCUUCGAUUUACCUGCGCAAGCGGCACGGUAUAUAUGCGUUCCUCGAAUAG